AUGAACGAAAGUGCUAGCAAUGACGACUUCAACACCGACGAGCUGGUGGCACCCGAAUGGCUGAAUGAACAGUUUGUCACAGAAGUUCUCAGCAAUCAUGAAAUGAGAAUCAAUAUGUUGACCUUCUCCCCGGCCAGUGCCAAGGGAGAUCACUAUGCCAGUGUGAUGUUCCGGGCCAAAGUGGAGUACACCAUGCGAAAAGGAGCAGGAGCCUCCUCCAAGUCGCUAAUCAUCAAGACGAUGCCCGAGCAGGAGGGACAUAAGAAGGAAAUGUUUGCCGAGUCCUUUCUCUUUAAAACGGAGAUAGGAAUGUACAGCACAGUCCUGCCAGAGUUUGAGAGGAUACUCCGCCAGGCGGGAGAUGACACCAAUCUGCAUGGGGAGUGUAUAUUUCUCAGUCUAGAGCCACGACAGGUGAUGAUUUUCAAGGAUCUCGUCGAGAUCGGCUAUUUUAUGAAUCCAGAUUUCCUUAAAGACUAUACACUCGGAUUGUUUGGUUUACGUGCUAUGAUGGAGGACCCCAUAAUGACAAGCGGAAUGGCUCCCUUUAUUGAACUGCUCGGCAAAGUGCCGGAGUUGAAUAAGUACAAGCCAUACUUUGAGAAAAUCAAAGGAAACUAUCUACAACGCGUGAGGGACAUCAUGGAGGAGCAUCGUGAGAAUCAAAGGCCGGAUGGGUAUUAUGUGCUUUCCCAUGGAGACUUUCACCUGCGCAAUAUGAUGUUCAAGAACAAUGACAAGACAGGUGCCUUCGAGGACUACUUCUUUUCGAUCAGCACAACUUUGCCCUUCAUUUGGGCGUUGAAAAUCAAGGCCUUUGAGAUUGAGGACCUGAUAAAACAGAAACAAUUGCGUGCAAAAUGCUAUAGCAUCGGGGGAUUCAUUGCAGAUGUCACAAGAAUGCUGGAAAGAUUCGAUAGAUGGGCUACUUUGAAGAACUAUGAGCAAAGCAUUGACUUGUUAUGA